GGUGAAAAACACUCACACACUCACGGGGACAAGUGAGGUGUUGACUUUGUCAAAAGUUAUGAUGAAGAUCCACUGAUGAUGGAAUGUCAGGGAGGAGAAUAAACAGAGCAAAUGUGGCAACAAGUGUCUUUGGGAUCUGAAAUGGGAGUUAAAAUCAGAAUUGAUGGAGGCUGUAUUUAUUUGAAGCUUGGGGGUGUAUAAAACUUAUUAAAUGCCAUAAUGGAAGACGGGGAGGCCACAGUGUUAGGACUGCGUAGAUCUAAGCCCCCUUUUUUCCCUUCUUUUUUUUCUUUUUUCGUUGGGAGGGAGCUUUUCUUAUUCAAAACAGCCCCACAAAAGACUUCCAGUGAGCCUUGCCACAUCCCCAUCUGACUUGGGGCCAUUCAUCAGCCUUCCAAGCCUAUCAAUGACAUGUCCCCAUCAGGGCUCCUAUAAAAUCAGCCCCUUUCCCAUGAAACAUCAGCAAACAUUUUGACGGCUCUGGCUUUCCCCCCGCUGGAUUUCUGGAGUCUCUACCCCCCCUUUCCUCCCUUGUUCCCACCUCCCCCUCUCCUACGCCAAUGCCACCCCUCUUUGGGCGAACCUCCGAUCCUGAACAUCUCCUGUGACGGGUAGUGGUCGCGAAAACGUAGAGGCGAGGGUAGAGCGGCUGAGGAGGGGGAGACGUGCACCAAGCCAUUUUCUUGGAGGAGCCAGUGUCGUUGAUGGGAAGAGGAUGCACUGUGGGCUGCUGGAGGAGCCGGACAUGGAUUCCACAGAGAGCUGGAUUGAAAGAUGCCUCAACGAGAGCGAGAACAAGCGAUAUUCCAGCCAUGCAUCUCUGGGAAACAUGUCCAACGAUGAACAUGAAGAAAAAGAAAACAACAGAGCUUCUAAACCACAUUCGACACCGGCUACUCUGGAAUGGUUAGAAGAGAACUAUGAGAUAGCUGAAGGUGUAUGCAUCCCCCGAAGUGCACUCUACAUGCACUACCUAGACUUUAGUGAAAAGCACGACACGCAGCCUGUCAACGCAGCCAGUUUUGGGAAGAUCAUCAGGCAGCAGUUUCCAGCACUAACUACCAGAAGAUUAGGGACAAGAGGCCAAUCUAAGUACCACUACUAUGGCAUAGCGGUGAAGGAGACCUCUCAGUAUUAUGACGUGAUGUACUCCAAAAAAGGAGCGGCGUGGGUGAACGAGACGGGGAAGAAAGAGGUCACGAAGCAGACAGUGGCGUAUUCACCGCGCUCCAAACUGGGGACGCUCCUGCCAGAGUUUCCAAAUGUCAAAGACCUAAAUUUGCCUGCCAGCCUGCCAGAAGAGAGGGUGUCAACCUUCAUCAUGAUGUACAGAACGCACUGUCAGAGGAUACUGGACACGGUCAUUCGUGCCAAUUUUGAUGAGGUCCAAAGCUUCCUGCUGCACUUUUGGCAGGGCAUGCCACCCCACAUGCUCCCUGUCCUCGGCUCCACCACUGUGGUCAAUAUAGUCGGCGUUUGCGACUCUAUCCUGUACAAGGCCAUCUCCGGGGUGCUGAUGCCCACCGUCCUGCAAGCACUGCCUGAUAGUUUGACUCAGGUUAUUCGAAAAUUUGCCAAACAGCUUGAUGAGUGGCUCAAAAUAGCACUUCACGACCUUCCUGAAAACCUGAGGAAUAUCAAAUUUGAACUGUCCAGGAGAUUUUCUCAGAUUCUAAAGCGGCAAACCUCAUUAAACCAUCUAUGUCAGGCGUCUCGCACAGUGAUAAACAGCGCUGACAUCACCUUUCAGAUGCUGGAGGACUGGAGGAACGUGGACCUGAACAGCAUCACCAAGCAGACACUUUACACUAUGGAGGACUCACAAGAGGAGCACAGGCAGCUUAUUAUCCACUUAUAUCAGGAGUUUGACCGUCUGUUAGAGGAACAGUCUCCAAUCGAAGCUUAUAUUGAGUGGCUGGACUCGAUGGUGGACCGCUGUGUCAUCAAGGUGGCAGGGAAGAGGCCCGGGUGCCUGAAGAAGGUGGCCCAACAGUUCCUGCUGAUGUGGUCUUGUUUUGGUACCAGAGUCAUCCGGGAUAUGACCUUGCACAGCGCACCCAGCUUUGGUUCCUUCCAUCUAAUUCAUCUCAUGUUUGACGAUUAUGUGCUUUACCUGCUGGAGUCUCUGCACUGCCAGGAGCGGGCCAAUGACCUGAUGAGAGCCAUGAAGGGGGAGGGCAGCACAGCAGACAGAGACGAGGAAUUUACAUUGACAGAACCCACACCCACAUCGCCAUCUCCAGGAUCGUUCUCCCCCGCACGGUCAGUCCAGUCAGUGGGCGUGUCUUCAGUCAGUUCCCCCACAGCAGCUGUGUCGCCGGAGUACAGUGGCGUCACCGCCACCACAGGCGCUGUUCAGUCAUAUACCUGGUCCCUUACAUACACAGUGACAACAGCGGGCGGUGCCGCUCCAGACGCUGGACAGCAGCUGUCCUGUAUGCGAAGCAGCGCUCCGGUCCCUCCUCCAUCCUCUGCCUAUCGGAUGCCGGUCUACACCCACCGAGAGGAGCAUGGGUAUACUGGUAGCUACAACUAUGGCAGCUACGCCAACCAGCAUCCUCAUUCUAUCCAGAGCCAAUAUCCAAGUCUGGCUCAUGAGACGACUAUCCCGGCACCUCUCCACUACUCCUCCUACCACCGCUCAUCUGCACAGUACCAAAUCAACAGCCAGAUGUCUCGGAUGGAGCCUUGUUUGAUGGGCAGUACCCCUCGGUUGCACCCUUCACCUGUCGCCCCCCGAUGGCCAGAUGUGUCGCCAGCAAACAGCUGUUACACCAGCCCACCUAUGCACUCUUCCCGCUAUUCCACCUCUGGCGACAUGUACUCUCCUCUGGACCCACGCAGGAACUCUGAGUACGAGCAUUCACAGCAUUUCCCGGGCUUUGCUUACAUCAAUGGAGAAGCCACCACAGGCUGGGCUAAAUAGCCCUAGAGGAGCCACUUUGGACAGGCAGUGAGUGCCGCCCGCCAAUUUGGUGGAAGCAAACUUUCUCCACGAUUCCAUUCAAGUAAAU